GGCGCGCUUAAUAAAUUCAACGGAAAAUUUAUAAUAUACCGGCUUUUUGAAAGUACGGAUUUAUAUUGUACCAGUUUGACAAUACAGAUUUGAAAAGUUAAAAUAUUGAAAAUGGAUAAAAAAUAUAUAUAAAUAUUAUAUUAUAAAGAUAAAAAAAAUUUAUAUUAACAAUAUAUUCAAUAUAUUCAAUAUAUUGAAAAGAAUUUUGAGUUGCACAAUUUGUGAACUUUUAUCAAGAAAGUAAAGGUUAAAAUUAAAAGUAAAUAAAAUGAUGCAGAUGAAUAAAAAAGGAUGUAAAGAAUUGUUAAUGCAAAGAAUGUUCUUAGCUAUAAUCUCCAGUAUAGCAGUACAAUUCUUUCUUGUGACUCUUUUAUUUUUAAUUACAAAUUUAAACACGGAUUACACAUCAUGGAUUCAAAACACAUGGACAGCAAUAACCUCUUUUCGAAUGUGGAGUUAUUUCUGCGUUCUUGCUACUGUUACAUUCUUUCAAGGAGUUAUUUGUAGCAAAAAUUAUUCAAAUGUACCACCUUACUUAAAAAGUAGGUUUAAUAAAUUUUGUGGAAUAUUUACAUCACAAAAUAUUUUACUGGGUGCAUUACAUAUUAUCAUUGGUGGUCUUCUUGUUUGGAUGCAUUUAUCAAUAAAAGGAGGUAGAUAUGGGUUUUUAAUGACAGAAUGUAAUAUAGUUUAUGGAACAUGUUUAAUGGAAGAACAUUACUUUUUAUUUCUAAGCGGAUUAUGGAGUGGAUUAUAUUUUUUCUUAAAGACUAGUAUCUUUCAUACAAAAUAUUUGAAAUUUCCUAUAAUAUUUUCAUCAAAAUUUUCAAGAUUUAAAACAGGAAUAUGCUCCUUACUUCCAUCAUUAAUGAUUGAGUGUAUAUGGCCAACUUUAUAUUAUUUAAUUGCUUAUUAUUUCUUAGGUUAUAAUUGUUGUUCUAUAAUAUUAUUUUUAUCAUCUGCACAAUUAGAAAGUGAACCAUUGAGUAAUAUUUCUAAUUUAUUGAAUUUUUCAUUGAUUUUUCAAUUAUGGUUAUAUCAAUUGAUAUUUGUAUUGGCAAUUAAUAGCAUGUAUUUAUUGUUUGAAUUAUAUUUGACAGAAUGGGUUCUUUUUGAAUUCAAACAGAACAAUGUAUUUGACAUUGAUGAAUCUAGAAUGACACUUUCUGAAGCAUUGUCUAUAGAUAAAGUACCAAUAAUGCAACAUCUAGGAUAUUUAGAUUUAGUUACAAUAGUUCAAAAAGAUAAGACAAGAAGGAGUAUAUUAUUUACACUCAGUCAACCUGGAGGUCAUCCUUAUAAUUGGAAUUGUAUUGUAGAAAAAUGUAUUGCUCUUAUUAAAAAAUUUUCUGAUGAUCUUACUGCAGCAUAUAUUAAACCACAAGAAUUACCUCCAUGUGCUCCAUGUUCAACAAUAACACAUGUUAGUACAUUUCAAAAAGAAUAUGUAUAUCGUAUGCGCAAUUUAAUAAAAGAAGAAGUACAAUUGCCUACUGAUCAAACUGACAUAAAAAAAGAAGAUGAUGAAUUAUUCAUUCAAAAAUUUAUAAAAACAAAAUGGAACAAUUUUUUGACAUAUUUGCUUUCUAAACCACUUAUUUCUUACAUUUUUGGGGAAAUAGAAGGAGGUAAAGUGUGUCAUAUUUUAUUCAAUGGACAAAUGGUAAUUUGGGCUGCAGAUGCAAUUUCAUCUUUAGCUGUAAUAUCACUAACUGAAGAUACUUAUGGAAUUGCUCAAAAAGAUCUACCACUUAUAAUCAAUACUUUACUUGAGUUAAAACAAGCUCUUGAUAAAUUACAGAAAUCGAAUAUUAUGGCAAAAAAACAAGAUGGAGAUGAUAAAUUUAUUAAACAAAUUUUUUAUUCUUUACGUGCUGCAACAAAGCGAAGCCUUUACAGAAUUGUUACAAGUUUUGAAAUUUAUAUGGAAGAUUUAGCAUUAGAAACCAGAACAAUGGAACAAAUAUACAGUUUUCUCACUUAUAGGGAAUAAUUUUUAAUUAUAUAUAGGAAAUAAAUUGUUGAAUACAAAGCCUUAAUGUAUAUACAUAUUUAUAAAUACUUUUUACUUACACUUAAAAUACAUUUGGUAUUAAAAUAUAUUACAAAAGUAUAUGAUUAUUUUUUAUAUUUAUAUACAUGAAUUGUAUUUAUAAUUAAUGGAGUUUUUUCUAUUUAACUUUGUAACUUAUGGAUGUACAAUGUUUUUUAAAAAAAUUACUGUAAAUUCUAAAUGUACUGAAUUAAAUGUAUAAAAUAUUAUAAUAAAUUAAUUAUUUUUCAAAUA